AAUUGGGGUCGUGACGGUGUAUGUAAUGUAUGUUAGUUAAAUAAAUACAUCACACAAUCUCUCUCCUUCUCUCUGCGCAGUGGGGGGAACUUUGAAACCCUAGAAGAAGUGCAAUCAUCUGAUUACAGCCCUAAGGUUGUGGAUGAGCAAAAAGCUGUUUUUUUUUUAUGCCCUUUAGUUUGCGAAUUGUUACGUAAGUGUCUGUUUUUGUAAAAGGAAAAUGAUAGGUUCCAUUUUGCCCUUACCGGCUCCUCCUUCUGAUGGAGACCUUGGGCCUCUUCCAGAAUCCCAAGUGACUGAACUUAAUAACGAUGAGAAACAAUUGAAUGAGGAGCAGAACAAAGCCAACUCCGUUGCAACACAUACUAGGGCUAUUGGUAUCAUUUAUCCUCCUCAAGACAUCAGAAAUAUUGUUGACAAAACUUCCCAAUUCGUGGCAAAGAACGGACCGGAGUUUGAGAAAAGGAUCAUAGCUAAUAAUACCGGAAAUGCAAAGUUCAGCUUUUUGAUUUCCUCAGAUCCCUACCAUGCGUAUUAUCAGCAUCGAUUGUCUGAGUUCCGUGCCCAGAAUCAGUCUUCUGGACAGCAACCUUCUUCGCAGCCUGAAGAUUCUGCAAUACCUGAGUCAUCCCCACCAGCUCCAGCUGCAGAUGGUGAAACAGGAGCACCAAAGCUGGAUCCCUCUGCUCAGUUUAAAUCGGUGCGCAAAGUGCCCGAACCACCAGAAAAACCAGAAGCUGAGCAGUAUACUGUUCGGCUUCCUGAAGGGAUUACUGGGGAAGAGUUGGAUAUUAUAAAGCUCACAGCCCAGUUUGUAGCUCGAAAUGGGAAAUCAUUUUUGUUAGGAUUGACAAACAGGGAAACGAAUAACCCCCAGUUCCAUUUUUUAAAACCUAACCAUAGUAUGUUUACACUUUUCACUUCUCUGGCUGAUGCUUACUCAAAGGUGUUGAUGCCUCCGACGGGGUUGACAGAGAAGCUUAAGAAAAGUAUUGCAGACAUGACAACUGUGCUUGAACGGUGUGUGCAUCGGCUGGAGUGGGAGCGUUCACAAGAGCAGGCAAGGCAGAAGGAAGAAGAUGAGAUUGAGCUGGAAAGGAUGCAAAUGGCUAUGAUUGAUUGGCAUGAUUUUGUUGUGGUUGAAUCAAUAGACUUUGCAGAUGAUGAGGAUGAGGAUUUACCUCCUCCAAUGACCCUUGAGGAGGUUAUAAGGAGAAGCAAGGUCACAGAUAUGGAAGAAGAUAUUGUUGAGCCUGGUAAGGAGGUGGAAAUGGAAAUGGAUGUAGAAGAGAUGCAGCUUGUUGAAGAGGGCUUGAGGACAGCCAGAAUUGAAGAGAAUGGUGAUGAAAAGAAGAAUGAGAGUAAGGUGACAGAUGAUCCAGAACCACCAAUGAGAAUUGUGAAGAACUGGAAGAGACCUGAAGACAGGAUCCCUGCUGAAAGAGACCCAACAAAGUAUGUCAUUUCACCAAUCACUGGAGAGCUUAUCCCUAUCAAUGAGAUGUCUGAACACAUGAGGAUUUCUCUCAUUGAUCCAAAAUACAAAGAGCAAAAAGAACGGAUGUUUGCCAAGAUUCGGGAGACUACUCUCGCUCAGGAUGACGAAAUCUCAAGAAACAUUGUGGGCCUUGCACGAACCCGUCCUGAUAUUUUUGGUACCACAGAGGAAGAAGUUUCUAACGCUGUCAAGGCUGAGAUUGAAAAAAAGAAAGAUGAGCAACCAAAGCAGGUCAUAUGGGAUGGUCACACCGGAAGCAUUGGUCGCACAGCAAAUCAAGCCAUGUCACAGAAUAUCAACGGAGAGGAUCAGAAUGAUGUUCUUAACAAUGAUGCAAGGAAUCUUCCUGGUCCUGCAGCUCCUCCUCCAAGACCUGGUGUGCCGUCUGUUCGCCCUCUACCCCCACCACCAGGUCUUGCCUUGAAUCUACCCCGUGUUCCUCCAAAUACAGCCCAGUAUUCUGCUCCAUCUAGUGGUGGCCUCCCUGUACCUCCACUGAGGCCAUCAGUUGUCCAAUAUCAAUCAGUUCGACCACCUGGACCUCCAAUGCCCAUGAGUUCAGGACAGCAAUCCCUUUUGGUGAAUCGGCCACCUCCUAUGCCACCAUCAAUGUCUAUGAAUCCAUCUGUCCCACCUCCCCCUGGUUCGCAGUUUACACCCAUGCAAGUUCCCCGAGCUUAUAUGCCUCUUCCUGUUCCUCCACCUACAAUGCAAAUGAUGCCACCACCACCUUUGCCUCAGGGGAUGCCCCCACCACCACCACCUGAGGAAGCUCCUCCACCGCUUCCAGAAGAACCCGAGCCAAAGCGGCAGAAGCUUGAUGAUUCUAUGCUUAUUUCAGAAGAUCAGUUUCUGGCACAGCAUCCGGGACCUGUUCGCAUCACAGUAUCUGUCCCCAAUGUUGAUGAAGGUAAUCUGAAGGGACAACUUUUGGAGAUUACGGUGCAGUCCUUAUCUGAAACUGUUGGGAGUCUGAAAGAAAAAAUUUCUGGGGAGAUCCAGCUUCCUGCAAACAAACAGAAAUUGAGUGGAAAACCUGGUUUUCUCAAGGACAAUAUGUCGCUUGCAUAUUAUAAUGUUGGAGCAGGAGAAGCACUUAGUCUUUCAUUAAGAGAGCGUGGUGGAAGAAAGAGAUGAGCAGAUUAUUUGACCAGGCUGAUUAAGGUUCUUGCUGGAAUUUUCGUGUUACCAUGAGAAUAUUCAAUAUAUCAUGUGGGACUUUUGCUAUUCUACUUUCUUUGAUGUUAUAUGGGAGAUUAUAUGUUGGUUGUGUAUUAAUAGGAUGAUUUUUCUUGAACAUAUAAUUGUUGUCUUUAAACUGAUGGUAAGUGUCGUAUCUACUACAGAUUGGGUGCCUCGGCGAGUGUCUCUUAAGGACAAUGGGAAGUAGAUCAGUUCCUUUUACUUAGCCAGCGCAAGUCAUGCUUAUAUGUCUAAUAACUGCUCCUUUUUGCAAUGCAGUUUUUUCUCUGGAAAGUAUGUGCCCAUGGUCGUAUUAUGGUUUUCAUAUCCCUAGAAGCAUGCUUGGUGUCAAGUUAUUUUCAGUGUUCACUUCCAAUUUUUGUUGGUGAAAGAUUUUUCUAUUGGUGAAUGAUAGAGGCUUUAGCUACUUGUUGGGACUCAUAAAUGGUCUGUGCAACCAGUUAGAUGUUCUUCUUUAAGCAUCUAAGCCAGCAUGGAACCACAGGGUUUGAUUACCAUGUUAAAGGAACAAGCAAGUUUUUAUAUCUUUGUAUUUUUUCUAGGAUUAUUAGAGCAGGUUGGGGUUACAUAGCUUCCCUAAGGUUAUGCAUGAGAUUGGAUUUGAUAUUAAAAGUUUACAGCUAGUAUAGAAAUGCAGAAUGCCCUAAUCUGUUGAAAAGAGUCGUCAUUAACUGUUCAGUUAUGGUAAUUUGGUGCUGGCAGCACAAUACUGUAGAGAAUUUGGUUGGCUGAUGUACUAGUCUAAAAUAUUUGCUCAACACUGGCCUUCACUAUGGGGUGUCAACAUGGUCCAUGCGUAAUUACGGGUCGACUCAGUAUGUCGUUCCGGGGUUGAAGACUCCAGCUCUUCUCGGUGAUGUGUCCUGUUGUGCGGAUAUAAACAAUUGUGUCUCCAAUAUUGUGCACGCUAGGAAUGUGUAUGUAGUAAAAGCCACUGUCAGCUGUUUCAAAAGGCGUUGAGUUGCCUGUAUAAAGUCUGCCUCAUUUCCCAA